AUGGAGAUGAAGACGACAAUGAAGCAUAUGCCGAUGGGGAAGCGUCGACAUAUGUGGAUGUGGUAUCAUACAGUCGCCGAUGAUACUGUUCUAUUCAAGAAUUGGUUCAUUACCGAUGCAGGAACAAUGGUUUGGGCGUGUGUUCUUGUGAUUUUGGCAGCGAUUCUCCUCGAGUUCAUAAAAUAUUUGCGAUGGGCAUUGAAGAGAAAAUCCGACGAAUCGACGAAUUCAUCAGUAUCCAAGUACGGCGGAAUUGAGAUGCCUGCGAGAGCAGCUCAAAGCGGCCGAGUUUGGUCGCAUUUGUCGCAAACCGUCUUCUAUUUUAUGCAAUUAUUAUGGGGUUAUGUGCUCAUGAAUAUUUAUAUGACAUUUUCGGUGUGGAUUUGUCUUUCAUUAUGUCUUGGUCUCGCUAUAGGACACUUCAUUUUCGCUUCGAGAACCUCAACGCCCUAA